AUGAAGAUCUUCAGUGUCAGGGUUAUGAAAGACUACCUGAUGUACAUGAUCUGCCAUAAGGCACUGUUGGGACUUGAAAGGGAGAAGAAACAGCUCCCAAUCUAUUUCACCAGCAAAACCUUACAGAACGCCGAGCUUCGUUACCCGAGCAUUAAGAAGCUGGCACUCGCACUUGUCUUCUCAGCCAGAAGACUCCGACCAUAUUUUCAAAGCCAUGAAAUCCAUGUUAGAACAGAUCAACCUUUGCGACAAGUGCUGCAAAAGCCUGAACUGGCUGGCCGACUAGUCAAAUGGUCGGUGGAACUAUCGGAAUUCGAUAUCAAGUACGAAGGCCGAGCAUCCAUCAAAUCACUAUUCUUGGCCGACUUUAUCGCCGAGUUCUCAGUACCAAAUAUAACUGAAAAUUACAUCGAAUGGUCUUUAUACGUCGACGGGUCCUCCAACCCACACGGGUGUGGCGUAGGUAUUAUACUUGAUGAUGGCCACGGCAACGUCAUCAAACAUUCCCUCAACUUCUCAUUUAAAGCGAGCAACAAUCAAAGUGAGUAUGAAGCAUUAAUUGUCGGCCUUAGACUCGCUGCCAACCUUAACAUCACCGAACUUAAGCACAUACCAAGGGAGAGCAAUGGCCAAGCUGACAUUCUGUCUAAGCUCGCCAGUACUCAACCAAAUAGGUCAUCGCUUUAUCAGUUAACACUACUCAAUCCAAGCAUUGAACUAACACAUGUCUUAAGUGUAACACAGGAAGCAGAUUGGAGAUCCCCAUACAUACAGUAUCUCCAGACAGGGGUCUUGCCAGGCGACGUCGAAAAUACUCAUCAUUUUCGCCGACAAGCCUCCUUUUUUACAAUAUAUAAUAAUUGCCUAUAUCGACGGGGAUUCUCCCGUCCAUUACUAAAAUGUCUUUGCAGAAUAGAGGCCGAGAUUGCACUUACUGAGGCACAUGAAGGGAUCUAUGAGCUGGAUUAUAUUGGCCGACAAUACGACAAGAUUGUCAGGAAAAAGUCAAAAGCUGUAACAACUGCCAAAAACACAGUCCGAUUACACAUCUCCCAGCGAACUCCUACACUGUUCCGAGAGGCACAGCCUCUAGCCAAGAUUACAUCACAACAAAUGCUUUCCUUUGUUUGGAAAUAUAUUAUUUGUCGAUUCGGCAUUCCUCGGCACAUUAUCACAGAUAAUGGUCGCCAGUUUGCCGAUAAAAAAUUUACAUCUUUCUUGCAGAACCUGAAAAUCAAACACCACUUCUCAUCAGUCGAGCACCCACAAACAAAUGGGUUAGCUGAAGCCGCAAAUAAAGUAAUAUUACAUGCUCUAAGAAAAAAACUAGAUGAUGCAAAAGGCCUCUGGGCCGAGCUUAUCCCAGAGAUCAUAUGGGGAUACAAUACAACAAUUCACUCAACAACAAAGGAAACACCUUUCCGCUUGGUCUAUGGCUCAGACGCAAUGAUACCUGUGGAGAUCUCCCAAUCCUCACUACGCACAGAACUAGCCGACCUAACUACACAAGACAUAGCUCGGCAAACCAAACUUGAUCUCAUUGAAGAACUCCGAUCAUCCGCAGCAAUCAAACAUUUAGCAAUGCAACAGCACAUUGCCCGUAGAUAUAACCAAAGACUUCAACCAAGAUCUUUCCAAGUCCACGACCUUGUACUCAGAAAAACAGAACAAGCUAGGAAACCACCAGCACAUGGCAAACUAGCAGCUAAUUGGGAAGACCCUUACAGAGUCACAGAAGUAAUCGGCAAUGGAGCCUAUCGCCUACAAACAUUAAAGGGUAAAGAUCUCCCUAACACUUGGAAUGUAUAUUCCUUAAAGUUAUAUUACAGCUAA